UCAAAUACGCUCGCGUGCUUUGCGUGAGAUGCUCCCGUAUUUCUCAGCCAUUGGUCGACUUGCGCGCGUGGAGGAGAAACCUGCAGCUGACUGAAGAGGAUCCCGUUUGAAAUUCAUUUUAUCCUAAAAAACGUUAAAUAAAAGACGAUGGCCUCAAAGUGUCCUAAAUGCGAAAAGACCGUCUAUUUUGCUGAGAAAGUGACAUCAUUGGGAAAGGAUUGGCACAAGUUCUGUCUGAAGUGUGAGCGCUGCAGUAAGACCCUGUCAGCAGGCAGCCAUGCUGAGCAUGGUGGGAAACCAUACUGCCACAAGCCAUGCUAUGCUGCCCUCUUUGGGCCAAAAGGUGUAAACAUUGGAGGUGCAGGCUCUUAUGUAUAUGAGGCUCCGGCCAACAAUACACCAACAUCCACUGUGGACUCUGCACCCAAACCUCAGGAGAAGUUGGUUCCAGCUUCUUCCAGACCACCAUCUAAAGCUGGAAGCAUUACUACUUUCUCUGGAGAAGCCAAUAUGUGUCCCAGAUGCAACAAGAAGGUCUAUUUCGCUGAGAAGGUGACAUCACUGGGGAAAGACUGGCAUCGGCCGUGCCUGCGCUGUGAGAGGUGCAGUAAGACGCUGGCAGCUGGCAGCCAUGCAGAGCAUGAGGGUCAGCCCUACUGCCAUAAACCAUGUUACGCUGUUCUCUACGGCCCAAAAGGUGUGAACACUGGUGGUGUCGGGAGCUACAUCUAUGACAAGGAGGUCAACGCUGAGGCACAGCCUUGAUUUUUACUUAAGUCCUUUCGGAUUCCUCAACAUCAUCACUAUAAUCACAUCCACUUCCUGAACCUCACGCACUCUCACGAAUUUCCCCGCCUUAUCAAGGAUAACGUGCCAGUUCGGAUCUUCCUGCAGAAAAGUGAUGCCACGUACCACAACUUUAUCGCUCCACUUAAUUUCCUCUUUGCCCUCCAGACAUUUUGACUGACAUGAUGUACACAAUGUGAUCAUGUCUGACUUAAUCCAUGUGAUUUAUUUGUAAUUUAUAUAAAUGUAUGUUUUUUUAUUUAAUAUGUAUAAUCAGUGUUUCCCAACGUUUAAGCAAGUUGAAACCUGGAUCCGCUCCUGACAAUACUGCAUGUACAGUAGAACGCACUGUAUGUCCCUUGUAGCACAUAAAACUACAGUUUUAUGUGUUUAAGAGAGCUUUGUUUUUUUGGCAUUUCAAUCGUUUGCCGACAGGCAGAUUAAUGUCACCUCUGUGCAGGUGCAGCUCAGGAGCACAUCACCAUAAAUAACAUUCUCCAACCCAGAUUUACUUUUGGCAGUAUGGCAACAUUCCUACACUAAAGCAUUUUAAGAGAUGGUCUGCAAGAUAUACUGUAUGCAGACAGUCAAGUAAAUGGUCAGGCUCUUAUUUUCUUUCAGGGGAGGACAGACUUUUUAUGAGGUCACUCACUAUUUGAAGUCCACAGGGAUUAAUGCCUGAUGACUUAAAAGGCUGCAGCUAAUAUUUAUGACACCAAUCUAAUACCAUUACUUAAAGCGUGGAAUCAGAUUAGGAAAAAGAUAUGAAUACACAUUUGUAUUGUUUUAGAAGAACCCCAGUUUCUCAGUGAUGAAACUGUAGUAUUAUAUUUCUUCAGCUUGUAUUAAGUUCAACUAGAAUGUGCGUUUGGACGGUUUUUGCUAUUAUAUUUUGUAUUCGCUUUAGUUCUUUUGAUAACUUUCUUGCAAAUAGAUCCUGAAAUUUGUCCCUGCUGCUUCUGUAUGUUUAAUCUUGCAUUAAAGCUUACAUAACUCUU